UAGCACUCCUACAUGAAGUUCUUGUACAAAUAUCCUCAGGCAGAGUUUCCCUAUGAAGAUCUUAAACAGGAAAACGCAAAGCGAGACCGAACCCAAGACGAGUACAAUAUUCUAGACAGUGGCGCCUUCAAAGACAACCGAUACUGGGAUAUCUUCAUCGAAACAGCCAAGGAAUCAGAUGAUCCAGAUGAGAUGCUCUUCCGUGUUACAGCAUGGAACCGCGGUCCUGAUCCAGCACCCCUUCACAUCAUUCCCCAGGUCUGGUUUCGCAACACUUGGAGCUGGGGCCAUGAAACAGAUGACAAGAAGCCCACAAUCACGAAUGUGAAUGAACUGUGUGCCCGUACACGCCACUGGAGCCUAGGCGAACGACACUUUCUACUAUCACCAUCCCCUGGAGUCGGUUCUACAGGCGAGGAUGUCCUGCCAGAGCUUAUUUAUACCGAAAACGACACCAAUUUCGCUGCCCUAUACGAACAAGAAAACAAGCAGCCAUAUGUGAAGGAUGCGUUCCAUCGGUACAUCGUCAAUGGCGAGAAGGGGGCCGUCAACCCUGCUGAAAAGGGUACAAAGUGUGCAGCAUGGUUUAGCUUCAAUGAAGAUGGAGGUGUCGCCCCCGGAGAAUGUGCCGUUGUCCGUUUCCGAUUUACCAGAAGAAACCAGGCUUAUCUGGAUGAGGAAGAAUUCGACGACAUUAUUCAAAAGCGUAUUGAGGAGGCUGACGAGUUCUAUUACAGAAUCAGUCCGCUCCCGAUGACGGACGAUUUACGCAAUAUCCAGCGUCAAGCAUUCUCAGGGAUGAUGUGGACCAAGCAAUACUACCACUUUGUAUGGAAUCAGUGGGCCAAUGGCGAUCCUGGUCUUCCUCCUCCUCCUCCAGAGCGGAAAACUAUUCGAAAUGAGCAGUGGCGGCACAUGCAUUGUGACGAUAUCUUGUCCAUGCCUGAUUCCUGGGAGUAUCCAUUCUUCGCAGCUUGGGACAGUGCCUUUCAUUGUAUUCCCCUUGCCAUGAUUGAUCCCGACUUCGCAAAGAAGCAGCUGGAUCUUUUUACACGAGAAUGGUACUGUCAUCCCAACGGGCAGCUCCCUGCGUACGAAUGGAAUUUUGGCGAUGUCAAUCCUCCGGUACAUGCAUGGGCAACCUUCCGAGUCUUCAAAAUUGAACGCAAACUCUACGGGCGCCAGGAUCUCGACUUUCUCGAGCGUGUAUUCCAGAAGCUGCUGUUGAACUUUACGUGGUGGGUUAACCGUAAAGACGCCGAUGGCAAAAACGUCUUCGAAGGAGGUUUCCUGGGACUAGACAAUAUUGGUCUCUUUAACCGAUCGGAACCACUCCCAACUGGUGGUGUGCUGGAGCAAGCUGACAGUACUGGAUGGAUGGCAUUCUUUUGUUUAUCCAUGCUCAACAUCGCUCUAGAGUUGGCCAAGCAUCGUCGAAUCUACGAAGACAUUGCCUCCAAGUUCUUUGAGCAUUUCAUCUUUAUCAGCGAUGCCAUGACUUUCAGAACGGGUUCAACUGAUGAGAAGUCGCUUUGGAAUGAAGAAGACGGCUUCUACUAUGAUGCCAUCUCUUGGGGUGGCCCUUAUAUCCAACAACUGCCUGUGCGAUCACUUGUCGGCUUGAUUCCUCUUUAUGCUACGGCAACAUUGGAACCCGAGCUGAUGAACAAGCUUCCCUCAUUCAAGAAGCGAGUUGACUGGUUCCUUCACAACAGAGCUGAUUUGGCAGAGAGAAACAUGGCCAACAUUCGAAAGAGAGGAAAAGGAAAUCGAAUCCUUCUCUCCAUCGUCAGCAAAGACCGGUUGGAGAAGAUUCUCAAGCGCAUGUUGGAUGAAGAUGAAUUCUUUAGUGAUCAUGGUAUUCGCUCUCUUUCCAAGUUCCAUAAAGAACACCCGUUCUCCAUGGAUGUUAACGGUCAGACCUUCAAGGUAGGAUACGUCCCAGGAGAUUCCGAUAGCGGUCUGUUUGGAGGCAACAGUAACUGGCGUGGACCCAUUUGGCUAUGCGUCAACUUUUUGCUUGUGGAAUCGUUGCAAAGGUUUUACCUCUUCUACGGACCUGAACUUCAGGUAGAAUGCCCUACUGGCAGUGGUGACUACAUGCAUUUGGGUAAGGUAUCAGAGGAAAUUCAACACCGCCUGCAGCAUCUGUUUGCCCGCACGGAUGACGGCAGACGCAGCAUCAAUGCUGGAAACGACUUGCUCGACUUUGAUGAACAUUGGAAAGACCAUUUGUGGUUUUACGAGUUCUUUGAUGGUGACAGUGGCCGUGGCCUUGGCGCCUCUCAUCAAUGUGGCUGGACAGGUCUUAUUGCUCGCCUGAUUCAUGACACUGGUGUGACUUGCCGCCUCCCUCAAACACCGCGCACUCCAUCGGCCGCAAUGGCGCAUUAUUUUGACGACAUGUUCCAACGCAGUGUUGUGAAUGGUAUUCCACAGUCUCCUACAAUGCCUCGUAUCCGCCGAUCAUCUACAGCACGUUCGAUUGGAGCACGAAGUGAUUUCGAUGCUACCGCCAACGGUCUUGACGAUGACGCGGACACGGCAUCUGUUAUCAACGAUGAAUUGGAAAGAGAGCGAUUUGAAGCAGAUAACCACAUGCAUCAAUAUGUAUCUGAUCAGCUGAAUCGAUUCCGCUUGUCAGAAAGACUUGAUCAUGAGGAUGAAUUUGAGCCCAAGGCUGAUGCAUAAAGGUAGACAUUGGGUUGGAGGCUAAAAAAACUACAAACCGGCAACGCGGAAAUCCUCUACGACUUGCCAUAACCCGCAACAUAUCUUAGAAACAGUUCAAUUUCACGGGUGAAUAAUGAUGGAAUAUUUUAGUAGAACAAAUGGAAUAUAUUUGCUUUCUAUUUCACAUGCAACCUUGCCUCUACCUUGCCAUGACUGUCAAACAACCCUUUGCGUACAAUACAGCAUUAACAAUAGGAUAAAGGGGGGAAGUAAGGUCGGAAUAAGAGUAUCGUAAAAAAGAGGUUGACUGCAACUCCUUUUUAGGUAGGGUUGGUUUUAGUGCUGGAAUAAGACGAAGGAAUCUCGGGUGAUUUUCAAUAAUCGGGAUGUAGUUAUGCGAUUGAUGUUUUUACAGGGAGUCCGUGAGGAGCUUGUUCAUCUUGGCGAUGCGGGCAGAGACGCUGAGGUCGAUGGUACGGUCACCAACCUCGACGACUAGUCCACCAACGAUGUCGGGGUUGACGGUGUUGGUAACCUUGAGCUUCUUGCCCUGGCCGACGUAGGAAGACUUGGCGACAGCAGUCUCGAGUCUAGAGAGGGUCUUGUUGUCGAGGGGCUGUGAACAGAAGAAAUGUUAGCAAAACAGCGUAUCUUUUAACGGUUUGACAAAGCCCCCAACAUCACGUCCCGAUGUAAGUAAGGGGUAUAUAGAUUUUCCGUACCUGAGCGGAGGUGAUGGUCAUCUCAACCUCGCCGCGAGAAGCAGACAUGAUCUCGUUGAACUUGUCGCAGACACCCUUGAGGAGACCGAGGCGGUUGUUCUCGGCGAGAGUGUCGAGGAAGUUCUUGACGGUGGCUUCCUUGCUGCCAGACUGCUUAACGAGCUCGGCGACGAUGGCGGACUUGUCCUCGGCGGAGAGAGUAGGAGCAGACAGGAUGGUAGCGAGCUUAGCAUCCUUCUCGAAGAUGUUGCUGAGGUUGGCGAGGGCCUUGGCGGUGGGCUCGAGGGUCGACGUCUUGGAAGCGGCAGUGUACUAGAAAUUGACGCAGUUAGCAUUUCGCCCAAGCAGCGCACCCCCACGACGCCAUUGGCCGCCGUAGAGCGGUCAAUUGGCCAAUGGCUAUUUGAUGUCGGAUAGGGGCCGUUUGAUAUUUUUAUUUUGCUAGGGGCGGGCACGUACGAGAGCGCUGGCGUAGGUUCCGUCAACACCAAAGACAGUGACUGGGGGCUGGCCCUCGUUGGCGGCAGCGGCGAAGCUGCGGACGGGGGCGGCGCGGAGAGUAAUAGCGCGCUGAGGAGCAGCGGCUCUGGCGGAGCGGAGGACCUGGCGAGAGAACAUGGCGAGUGGUGGGAGGAGGAUUGAAUUGGAUGUCGAAGGGUGUUGAGAUCCGUACA